AUGACGGCAGAAGACACGGACCGCCUGCGGGCCGAGAUUGCACAGCACGAGUCUGCGCUCGCCGAGCUGCGGUCACAGCUCGCCGCCGCCGCCGAGCGCGAGACCGACGACACGGGCCACGCACUCCCGCCCCGGCAGGACUGGAAGUGGCCGCUCACAGAGGACGAGUAUGAGCGGUACAGUCGCCAGAUGAUUGUGCCCAACUUUGGCCUGCAAGGUACGCCCCCCCCUCUUCCACUCUCUCCCCGCGCCUGCCUGGUGUCGACAACGUACAAACGGCUCAUUAUCCAUCAACAGGCCAGCUCCGGCUGCGCAACAGCAAGGUGCUCCUCGUCGGCGCAGGCGGCCUGGGCUGUCCCGCUGCCGCGUACCUCGCCGGCGCGGGCGUCGGUGUGCUGGGGCUCGUCGACGGGGACACGGUGGAAGUGUCGAACCUGCACCGGCAGGUGGCGCACGCAACCAGCCGCACUCAACCCUAGCAUCACGUACCACGCGCACGCGACGCAACUCACCCCGCAAAACGCCGCCUCCAUCCUGCGCGCCUACGACCUGGUGCUCGACUGCACCGACCACCCGGCCGCGCGGUACCUCAUCUCCGACGCGUGCGUGCUGCUGCGCAAGCCGCUCGUGUCCGCCUCGGCCUUUCAGACCGCCGGCCAGCUGCUGCGGCUCAACAGCCCGGUCGGGAGGGGCCCGUGCUACCGGUGCGUGUUCCCACGCCCGCCCCCGCCCGAGAGCGUCGUCGGCUGCGGCGAGGGCGGCGUCGUCGGGCCCGUCGUCGGCGUCAUGGGCGUGCUCAGCAUGGCCGACACCAUGUUCCGCACCGUGCGCAUUCGCGGCAGGCGCGAUGACUGCGUCGCCUGCUCCGCCACAGAGGGCGCCCUCACCCUCGCCCAGAUGCAGUCGUCGCUCGAUUACGUCCAGUUUUGCGGCGUCGCCCAGCCGGUCCGCCUGCUGGGCCCGGCCGAGCGCAUCGCCGCCGCCGAGUACGCCCGCAUCGCCGCCAACCGCGCCGCGUCCCCGCAUCUGCUCAUCGACGUUCGCGACAAGGAGCACUUUGACCUCUCGAGCAUCCCCGGGUCCGUCAACGUGCCUAUUCGGCAGUUUAUGCGGCCCGCGCCGGCGGACGCCCCAGAGGCCGCGCCCGACUGGAUGCCGGCGGACUUGCCGCACUCGGCGCCUAUUUAUGUCGUGUGUCGUGUGGGUAACGACUCGCAGGUGGCCGCACAGAAGCUCAAGGAGCUGGGGCUGGACCGCGAGGGGGAGCGGUUCGUGGGCGAUAUUGACGGCGGCUUGCGCGCCUGGCGCAAGGACGUGGACCCUACGUUGCCGUUUGUAUAG